UUCAUUAUUGCCAUAACGCGGUCGAGCGGUCAAGCAGUCACGGCAGAAGCAGGAGGCUGUGCAGCACUGGGGCAGGAGUGGAGGAAGAGUGGCAGAUAGCAGGUAGGCAGCCAUGCAGAAUGGGUAGGUAGUCGUCCAGUGGAGGCGGCGGUGGAGGUGCCAGGCUGGCGGGCAGGUUGGCAGGCGCAAUGACCGGCAUCCUGUGCGGCUGCUCGAGAGACACGUGGGUGCGCCCACCAUUGAACAGCAAGCAUGAAUACCAGCGAGAGAGGCUCAGUGGCGUAUCAUUGAGCAGUGAAGACAGGCCCGUGAGUGGCGGAGAGCAAGUGGCCAUCGUCUCGACACCGUCCAACCAGCGCAGCCCCUACUGAUGGACGAGUUUGAUUCCACCUCUUGUGGUGGAAUCCCCAGGUCCAACAAGCUCGCUGUCAGCCUCUGGAUGGUGGAUUAUGCGCUGCAGAUGGCAAGCGUCGGCUACUCAGGCGUGUACCUGUGCACGCACAAGCUGGGCAUAUUGUACAACCUGCUCGAGCUGCUGGCGGGUGUCGUAGGUGGUGCGAGUGUGGCUAGCGCAAACACAAAUACGAAUUUCUAUGCGGUGCUCGCUGUAGCGGGGGCACUCGUGAGCACAAAUGGGAGCCGCGUCCUUGACCUCGGCAUAGACAGCUCGCAAAGCAACUACAGCGCCGCGCAUGUGGCUGCACCGUCUAUGACCAGAUGAUGGCGCAUGUGCGUGCACUCGUGCUCUUCAACCACAUGAACAUGUCCGCUGCCGGCACCGACUUUGUGUUGCCCGCGGCGCUCUUCCCCGGAGUACCGCAGCCUGGCGCCGUCCUUGUGUGCUACCUCAGUGUGCCACAUCCAGCUGUGUGCUCAAGGUGAUACAUACUAAUGUAAUGUUUGCCCAUGCUCAUUCAAGUGGUAGUACAAGAAAUUCUGUGUAAAUACAGCCCUGUAAAAUAGUUAAUAUGCU